AUGCUCUAUCCUAGGACAAAUCCUUACAAGCCUCUCCAUCGCGCUUUAAUAUCUGUCUAUCGCUACACUGCAGUACCUCACGAAUAUCUUCAACUACGGAUCGCAGAAGUCAUCCAUCUGCAGGUUGAAACUUAUGGUCAGGAAACGAGGCCCUUCAAAAAUGCUGUUGAAGAUAUUGUGGUCGUGUGA